GGCAGGAUUCACAACUGGAUUCUCCUGCUAUAUCGGGUGAUUACCCGUUGAAAAAUAGAUUAGACUAACCAUCAUGAGGAGACUGCAAAUCGCAAUUUAAAUCCAGUGAAGAAGGAAACACUGAUUUCCUACUGUAAGCUUGGACAUGUCCCGCUAAGCAGUUAACCCGAUGGAAGAAUGCGGAGUCGCAGCAACUCGGGAGUGCGCUUGGAUUCAUACGCCCGGCUCGUCCAGCAGACAAUAUUAUGUCAUCAGAACCCGGUGACAGGUCUGCUCCCAGCCAGCGAACAGCAGAAGGAUGCCUGGGUGAGGGACAAUGUGUACAGCAUCCUCGCUGUGUGGGGCCUGGGCAUGGCCUACCGCAAGAAUGCGGACCGUGAUGAGGACAAGGCCAAGGCCUACGAGCUGGAGCAGAGUGUUGUCAAACUGAUGCAAGGACUGCUACAGUGCAUGAUGCGACAGGUAGAGAAGGUGGAGAAGUUCAAACACACUCAGAGCACCAGAGACUGCCUCCACGCCAAGUACCACACUCCCACCUGCAGCACCGUGGUGGGGGAUGACCAGUGGGGGCACCUGCAAGUAGAUGCCACCUCCCUCUAUCUGCUUUUCCUGGCUCAGAUGACUGCCUCAGGUCUCCGCAUCAUAUCUAACUUGGAUGAAGUGGCGUUCAUACAAAACCUUGUCUUCUACAUUGAGGCUGCUUACAAAGUUGCUGAUUAUGGGAUGUGGGAGCGAGGGGACAAGACCAAUCAGGGGAUACCUGAACUGAAUGGAAGCUCUGUGGGAAUGGCCAAGGCUGCAUUGGAAUCCAUUGAUGAGUUGGACCUGUUUGGUGCCCACGGUGGGCCAAAAUCAGUCAUCCAUGUUCUGCCUGAUGAAGUGGAGCACUGCCAGUCGAUCCUGUGCUCCAUGCUACCCAGGGCCUCCACGUCGAAGGAGAUCGACGCCGGCCUCCUGUCUGUCAUCUCCUUCCCAGCGUUUGCUGUGGAGGACGCUGACCUGGUCAACAUCACCAAGAGUGAGAUCAUCACCAAGCUGCAGGGUCGGUAUGGCUGCUGCCGGUUCAUUAGAGAUGGAUACAGAACCCCGAAAGAGGACCCCUCCCGCCUGCACUAUGACCCCGCCGAACUUAAGCUGUUUGAGAACAUUGAGUGCGAGUGGCCAGUGUUUUGGACCUACCUCAUCCUAGAUGGCAUUUUUAAUGGAGACCAACUUCAGGUGCAGGAGUAUAGAGAGGCCCUGGAAGGGAUCUUGAUCCGGGGAAAGAAUGGGAUCCGGCUGGUUCCUGAGCUGUACGCUGUUCCAGCGGACAAGGUGGAGGAGGAGUACAGGAACUCCCACACUGUGGACAGGGUGAACAAAGGACAGCUGCCACACAUGUGGGGACAGUCCCUCUACAUCCUGGCCAGUCUGCUGGCAGAGGGAUUCCUGGCCCCCGGAGAGAUUGACCCCCUCAACAGAAGAAUGUCCACGUGCUUCAGACCUGAUGUUGUUGUACAAGUGUGCGUGUUGGCAGAGUCAGAGCAGAUCAAGGAGCUGCUGAAGGACGAUGGAGUGGAUGUCCAGACCAUGUCCGAAGUCCUGCCCAUCCGCGUCAUGCCUGCACGCAUCCUCAGCCAUAUCUACGUCAAACUAGGCCAGAGUAAAAAGUUGAAGUUAAGUGGCCGGCCAUACAGACACAUUGGAGUCCUAGGAACUUCAAAGUUCUACGAGAUCAGAAAUCGUACCUAUACUUUCACCCCACAGUUCAUUGACCAGCACCACUUCUACCUGGCUCUGGACAACCAGAUGAUUGUGGAGAUGUUGCGGACAGAGCUGGCCUAUCUCUCCUCUUGCUGGAGGAUGACUGGGAGACCUGUCAUCACCUUCCCCAUCACACACAACAUGCUGGUGGAGGACGGGGAAAGCAUCGACCCCUGCAUAUUGGCCACCCUGCGAAAGCUGCAGGAUGGAUACUUUGGAGGAGCAAGGGUACAGAUGGGCUCACUCUCCAACUUCCUCACCACCUCCUUCCACACGCAGCUCAGCUUCCUCGAUGCGGAUGCUGACGAAACACUGCUGGAGGAGGAUGAAGAAGAAGAAGAAGAUGAUGGAGACUUUGAGGAAGGAUGUUACACCUUGGCAGGGGGUUCGAAGGACCAGUUUGACCAGUACCUCUCGCAGCUGCUUCAGAGCACGGUGACCAGGUCCUUUCUUCCUCCCAUCCAGAGGGGGCAGCACCACGUGUUCAGUGCUGAACACACUACUCGGGACAUCCUCUCUCUUAUGGCUCAGGUCCAGGGACUCAACAUGCCCAAGACGUCCAUGUAUCUGCCCGUGACUCCAAUCAUGAACAAGCACCGCAAGUCUCUGAAUCUGCUGGAAGUUCCCCAGCCACACCAUCACACGCCGCAUCAUUCCAAGGCCCCUAGUCUUGAUCUCCACCUUCCCCGUGAUGCCCAUGGCAACAUGGACUUCCUGUCCCUGGUGAAGCAGCUGAAGGAGUGCCCCACCCUGCAGGACCAGGCAGACAUCCUCUAUAUCCUCUACAUUAUGAAGGGGGCAGACUGGGAAGUGGACCUGCCGGGACAGGGCGGAGCCACGGUGCGCUCCCUGCUGGAGGAGCUCUACAUAAAGGCUGGGAAGUGCAGAGAGUGGGGCCUAAUCCGCUACAUCUCUGGUAUCCUGCACAAGAAGGUGGAGGUGCUGGCAGAGGCCUGCACCGACCUCAUCUCUCACCACAAGCAGCUGACUGUGGGGUUGCCGCCCGAGCCCAGGGAGAAGGUCAUCACCUCCCCUCUUCCUCCUGAGGAUCUCAACUCAUUGAUCUAUGAAGCCAGUGGCCAGGACAUCAGCAUUGCGGUUCUCACUCAGGAAAUUAUGGUGUACCUAGCGAUGUAUAUACGGUCCCAGCCAUCAUUGUUCGGGGACAUGCUGCGACUGCGAAUAGGUCUCAUCAUGCAGGUGAUGGCCACCGAGCUGGCCCGCAGUCUGCACUGCUCUGGGGAGGAGGCCUCUGAGAGUUUGAUGAGCCUGAGCCCCUCAGACAUGAAAAAUCUGCUGCACCACAUCCUCAGUGGGAAGGAGUUUGGCGUUGAGAGGAGCAUGCGUCCUGUUGAAUCCAUUGCCACCAGCCCAGCCAUCUCUAUACAUGAGCUGGGUCACACUGGGGCCACCAAGACUGAGCGUACAGGCAUCAGCAAGCUGAAGAGUGAGAUGAAGCAGAUCUUUUUCAGUGGUCUUUCCUCAAGCAGUGGCGUCCCCUCUCCCCGCUCCACGAGGUGUAGCAGCCCAUCCACCCCCAGUGGCAUGCUGUCCCCCACGGGCCCCGGCAGCUCCGCCCUGCUCUGGGAGGAGCGUCAGGGCCAGUGGCUGCGCCGUCGCCGGUUAGACGGAGCCAUCAACCGAGUCCCCAUGGGCUUCUACCAGAGGGUGUGGAAGAUCCUGCAGAAGUGUCACGGCCUGUCGAUCGCCGGCUACGUGCUGCCCUCCUCCACCACGCGAGAGAUGACAGAGGGUGAGAUCAAGUUCGCCGUCCAUGUGGAGUCAGUUCUGAACCACGUCCCCCAGCCUGAGUACCGGCAGCUGCUAGUGGAGACCAUCAUGGUUCUGACUCUGGUGGCCGAUUUGGAGAUCCCCAGCAUCGGGGGCAUCAUACAUGUCGACCGCAUCGUCCAAAUGGCCAAUGACCUCUUCCGCCAGGACCAGAAAGCCCAUGGGGCCAAUGAAUACUUCCUUGAGCAGGACCCAGCCACAGGAAUCUGUAACUUCUUCUAUGACAGCGCCCCCAGUGGCAGCUACGGGACCAUGACUUACCUCUCUAAAGCCGUGUUAGCCUACGCGCAAGACUUCCUGCCCAACACCAGCUGUCUGACACAGUAGAACGGCAGGAUUCCCUAUACCACUCAAGUCCACUCAUUGGCCAAAAGAUCCAUGAGUUUCAGUGAGUUCCACAGGUGCUAUGUAGCUACCAGAUGUUUGUCUCAUAUAACAGGUGGGUCCAAUUCACUUCCAGUUAAGUGAUGAAUGAGGACCAGAUCAACAGAUGGAACAAAGGCCAGAAACCUGUAGAUGACCACAUUACACCACUUGUCUAUACAAACAUUAACUAAUACAUUUAGAAUAAUAUACCUCCAUUUAGCACUAGGGCCUGGAUGUACCAGUCAGAAAAUGCAGUGCUUCAUAGCAUCCGAUUAUCUACAGGUCAUUUUACCUCUAACCAAUUACAAGCUUUGAUUUUGCCUGUGUGAGUUGUGAUUGCAUCAGAUUUAUUUAGGUUUUGGCUUUUAU